AUGACACGCCUGCCACCGUUCCUCGUCUAUCUUUUUUCUAUUUUUGCUCGACUCUGCCAUGCAGAGGAUGAGUAUUUCUCCGUGGGCGAUCUGAGCCAGUACACCACAGAUGGAAUUGCCACGCCUGCACUUACCGGGUCCGUGAUUGAGGUCACAGCGGUUGGUGACCCGACCGAGAAUGGAAUUCUAGCCUUCCUAUCUCCGGAUAUGCAGACCAGCCUAAAAUCCACCAUGGAUAGGGUGUUGGAUAUACUUGAUAAUCCCGAUCGAGUGAUUCAAUCGGGUAGCCUCCAGAAGCGCUAUAUAACUCUUCUGGCGGCGGGAGCCGUUGCAGUGCUCGGCUUCUUGAUUGCCAAGGUUUACCAGGAAGACAAGGUCGUCCCAGUCCCUAUCAAGAUACCACCAGAGCAACUGGAGGAUUCUUUCGAUCUGGAAACCGCCACCGCCAUUGUCUUCGUAACCGAUGACAACAGUUCGGGACAGACUAUAACGCAGGCUCCCGAACAAGACAGGGCAACUGGAUGGCCAGCCUCGUUUACGACCUUUGCGAGUGCCGGAAAUGGUGCGAGCGCCGGGGACAUGGGAAUUGAGUUAGACGCAAAGACGGCGGCGCACCUUCAAGCUCUGUUGUCGAGAUCAGACACCAGCAACUGCGAUCUGGGCUCCGACUUUUUCCCUUCCUCUACUCUCCGAGCUCGCUCUUUAGAUAUGGACAUUAUCUGUGGGGCGCAGAAUAUUCUCGCAGACGGAAUCGGACGGGAUGGAUAUCCCAACUGGCUUCUCAUGAAUCAGAGACGGUUUCCAUGGACCGAUGCGGAGGUUGUUGCAGGACUGAAUACGGUAGUGGGAUGGGCGCUGACUCAGGCUCGCCGACUAAACCCAACUAUCAGUUCAUCCCAUCUUCACGACUUGGCUGUUGGGGCCUUCGUCUUGUCAUUAAUCUACUCUAUGAACGGGGCCAUCACGACAAAUAACAUCAUUCCAUCUGCGUCCCUUCAGGGUGGUCCCACUGCUACGGUUUGUCAAGCGCGAACUGCAACGCAAUGCAACGUCGGAUGUGAGGUACAGCCCGUAGCCCCUCAAUUCGCCUGCUCAACAGCCUGUGUGACCGUCACAUCUUGCGAUGUGCAAAACACCAUUACUACCACAGCCACGGCGACAAUGACCGCUAUCGGCUCAGAUCCUACCGACGAUUUGGAUGGCCAAGGACAGCAGAUUACGGCAAACAAGAUGCCUAUAUUAGUUGCCAAUAUUGUCAAUGGACCGGAUUCGACAGUUGACAGCAACUGGGAAGAUGUCAUCCAGCGAGCUUCGUCCGCAGGAAAGACCGUCCUCGGAUAUGUGCGAACUGGAUACCUGGGCGUGAGUGACCAGAAGUUCCAAACACGCCUAGGGUCCGGAGACUUGGCCGAUUGGACAGCUCAGAUUGAAGAAGACGUGGAUAUGUGGUACAAGCUUUACGGCGACAGCAUUGGCGGCAUUUUCUUCGACGAAGGCUGGCCUGAGUGCGGCAACAACAACGAAUACGUCAACCUGUACAAUCUUGACCCGGGAUCUCCCAUGGCAUCUUGUUACGAGGACACUAUGGACACGCUGCUCACAUUUGAGUUGAGCUACGACUCCUACGUCAACUCGUAUACUCCCAAUGAUUGGACGCCAAAAGAUCCACGAAAGCUCUGGCAUAUCGUAUAUGAUGUUCCAGAAAGCGCUGUGAGUGAGGUAGCUAAGUUAGCAAAUGAACGCGGAGCAGGCUUUUUGCAGCUUACGGAUGACACUUUACCCAACCCAUACGAUACUCUGCCCGCAGAUUCCUAUAUCCAAAGCAUGAUGGAUUCAAUUAACGGUGGUUCACCGUUAAAUGCGGACGCUGCAUCUUGGGGAUCUGGAGGUGCUGUAGGAGCUUUGUCUGGACUGACAGUUGUGACAUCAGAUUACAGCUCCGCUAAACUGUCGUGGGACGCAGUUUCAGAUGCUCUUGGCUACUAUGUGUAUUCCGGCGACAGCCUCAUUGCAAGUGUCCCCAGUUCAAUGACAACCGUCACAAUUGGCGGUCUCGACCCCGGUACCAGUUACGCACUCCAUGUUAGUGCCGUGGGUGGCAGCGGGAAUCUGGGUUCAUCAUCGAAUACCGUGACUGUGGAGACUACACCCUUGCCCGAUGGUAAAACCGUGACGAACUCCUACGCAUCAACCAGUGAGGGUUCAACUACGAUCCACGCCGACAUACUGGUCCCUUAUUCCUUUGUUCGUCUCUACAUUUGGGACUCGGUGGGAUGUGAGUUUGACACAGAUCCGGGUUGGAGCAUCAACUUCAAGAUCGAUAACUAUGUCUGUGCCCCGUACAUGGUCGAGGGAACGACAUUAUACAAGUAUAGUGGCACCGUUCCUGAAGGCUCUACAGCUCCGCCGUGGUCCUGGUCAGUAGUCGGACCCAUCACUCUCACCAUUACAGACUACACUUAUACUUGGACAUUGCCAAUCGGCACCUCCACUAUCGACACUAGCAAGUUCGUGGUUCAGGCGCAAGGCUACAAUCCCUUGACCAAUAUCUUCGAGCCGGUUCCCGACGACUAUGAUUGCAAGGGCUCGUCUAUGUGCAGUACACCUGAUCUGUUAAAAUGGUGCGAUCACGCUGUAAAUACCUUGUAUCGCGACGAUGAUCCUACCUAUCACUCGGCGGAUGAUCUAAACUCGCUUAGUGGAAAUUGCUGGGGAGACCAGAAUCGUGGUUGUGGUGUCUUUAUACAAGGCCAGAACUGCAGUAUCAGUGGUAAUGAUAUGUGGAAUGACUACCAGAACAUCCGCAAAAUUGGCGGGUUUGACGUUGUCCAAAACAUUGUUUUUGUUGGUAUUUUGGCGUGA